ACAAACGACCCCCUAGUGACCCCGCGCGGACCUGUGCGUGAUUCUGCCACAGACCACGUUGAUGUGUGCGUGCGGGCGGGUGUGUUUUGUCCACAGCCUGGUCGCAAUGCCAGCUCCACGGUGGGCACGGCGUCCUCUGCCACACCAUCACCCUCCGCUGGAGAGAUGAGCAGCAGCGACACUGGCACGCCCGCACAAACACCGCUCACCACCCUCACCGUCACCACACCCGGCGGCAUGCCCACCCCACAUGGACCAUCCACUCCACUCUCACCCAAGGAGGAGGAGGGUUUGCGGGCACAGGUGAAGGACCUGGAGGAGAAGUUGGAGACGUUGAGGAUGAAGAGGAAUGAGGACCGGGCCAAGCUGAAGGAGCUGGAGAAAUGCCGCAUCCAACUGGAGCAGCUGCAUGAGUGGAAGCACAAGAUGCAGGAGCAGCAGGCAGACCUGCAGCGGCAGCUCAAGGAGGCUCGCAAGGAGGCGCGGGAGUCUCUGGAGGCACGGGACCACUACAUGGAGGAGAUGGCAGACACUGCAGAUGCCAUUGAGAUGGCCACACUGGACAAGGAGAUGGCGGAGGAGCGGGCAGAGUCUCUGCAGCAGGAGGCUGACGUGCUGCGCGAGAGACUCGACGAGAUCACCAUCGACCUGGAGAUACUCAAGCACGAGAUCGAGGAGAAGGGCACGGACGGAGCUGCCUCCAGCUACCAGCUCAAGCAGCUGGAGGAGCAGAACGCACGGCUGAAGGAGGCCCUGGUCAGGAUGCGUGACCUGUCUGCGUCUGAGAAGCAGGAACACAGCAAGCUGCAGAAGCUGAUGGAGCGCAAGGGCAGUGAGCUGGAGACACUGCGGCUUCACCGUGACCGCCUGCACGAUGACCUGCAGCGGGCCGAGCUCACCAUCGACGAGCUCAAGGAGCAGGUGGAUGCAGCGCUGGGAGCGGAGGACAUGGUGGAGACGCUGACGGACAGGAACCUGGACCUGGAGGAGAAGGUCCGCGAGUUGCGGGAAACCGUCACCGACCUGGAGGCCAUCAAUGAGAUGAACGACGAGCUACAGGAGAACGCGCGUGAGACUGAGCUGGAGCUCCGCGAGCAGCUGGACCUGGGGACCGUCCGUGUACGUGAGGCCGAGCAGCGGGUGGAGGCCGCGCACGAGAGCCUGGCCGACUUCCAGCAGACCAUCCACAAGUACCGACAGCUCACCGCCCACCUACAGGAGGUGAACCGGGAGCUGCGCUGCCAGCAGGAGGCAACGGUGGAGCGAGCGCAGGAACCCGUGCCCGAGGUCAUCGACUUCAAGAUCAAGUUCGCUGAGACCAAGGCCCACGCAAAGGCUAUUGAGAUGGAGCUGCGUAAGAUGGAGGUACAGGAGGCCAAGCGACACGUGGAGCUGCUCACGUCCUUCAUGCCCGACUCCUUCCUGCAGCACGGAGGUGACCACGACAAUGUACUGGUGCUGCUGCUCAUCCCCCGCCUCGUCUGCAAGGCGGAGCUGGUGAGUGGGCAGGCUCGGGAGAGACUGGAGCUGGACGGAGACUGUGGGAGCAGGCCGGGGCUACGCGGGGCGCUGGGGGAGAGGAUCAGCUUUGGGGCCGGUCUGGUUUACUCUCUCACCCUGCUACAGUCUACCCUGCACAAGUACCAGCAGGCUCUGUGCCGCUGUGAUGUGGGGGUGUACAGACGUAUGGGGGGGCUGUACCCUGAGAUGAGUGUACACGAGCGGUCGCUGGACGUGUUGAUCGAGCUGCUGCACCGAGACCAGCUGGACGAGACCGUCAACGUCGAGCCCCUCACCAAGGCCAUCAAAUACUACCAGCACCUGUACAGUAUUCACCUGCUGGACCAAGGAGUGGACUGCACUGUGCAGCUGGCUGACCACAUCAAGUUCACCCACAGUGCCCUGGACUGCGUGACGGUGGAGGUGGGACGUCUGCGUUCCCUGCUACAGCCGGGUGGUGAGGCGUCUGACCUGGCGCUGCUCCUGCGUGACCUCACCACGACCUGCAGCGACGUGCGUCAGUUCUGCAAGAAGGUGCGGAGACGCAUGCCCCCAUCGGCAGCAUCCGGAUCAGUAUCCGGAUCAGCAGCUACCCCGGGCUCUGGUAUCCCCACCGCUCUCACCUUCACCCCACAGGUUGGGGACAUGCUGCUGGACUGCCGCAAGCACCUGACCCGUGUGGUGGCCGUGCUGCAGGAAGUGGCCGCUGCUGCCGUCCAGUUGGCCGGACCCCUGCCCGACAACGAGGGGCUGCCCCCCCUCCAGAUGGACGAGCUGGCGGCUAAAGCCACGCAGCAGGUGUACGGGGCGAGUGUGGGGACCCCCCAUGACUGUCUGCGUGAGUCCUGCUCCCUUGUGGUGGCCACCAUGAACAAGAUGGCAACCGCCAUGCAGGAGGGGGAGUACGAUGCUGAGAAAAGCCGCACCCUCCCGACCCCCCCAGAGGAGGAGCGAGCGAAGGCGCUGCGUGCGGAGAUGACAGACGCGGAGGGGCUGGGGCUGAAGCUGGAGGACAGAGAUACCGUCAUCAAGGAGCUGAAGAGGUCCCUCAAGAUCAAGGGUGAGGAGCUGAGUGAGGCGAGUGUACGUCUCAGUCUACUGGAGAAGAAGCUGGACAGUGCAUCACGCGAGGCUGACGAUCGCGUGGACAGGAUCCAGACCAAGCUGCACGACAGCCAGGGGCUGCUCCGCAAGAAGGAGAAGGAGUUUGAGGAGACGAUGGAUGCUCUGCAGGCGGACAUUGACCAGCUGGAGUCGGAGAAGGGGGAGCUGAAGCAGCGGCUCAGCAGCCAGAGCAAGCGCAGCGAGGGGGGGCAGCGAUCCGGACCACCCACAGCAGAGGAGCAGCUGACAGGCUCGGUGUCGACUGCGGUGGUGCCUGGCUCGGGACCAGUGCAGGUGAAGGACUCUCCACUGCUGCUGCAACACAUAGAUGCGCUGCGUCUAACCAUGCGACAGCUGCAGACCGAUAACAACCUGCUCAAGGCGGCCCAGAUGAAGGCGGAGCUGUCGGCACUGCCGCCCAUUCACGUGCCCAGGCUGCCCGUCAACCAACCGGGCAAGGCCGGAGACGCUGGCAUUGGAGCCUUGAGCCGCAAGACCGGUCACUUACUGCACGACCUGCAGCAGCUCAGUGCCCACAUCCGUGUGGUGGACAUCACCCGUGGCACAGGGCCGGUGAGGAGGAGUAAUGCAGCCACACAGUUGCUGGAGCAGACGGCCCGUCUACAACAGCUGGGGCUGAGCGUGGAGCGCAUCAAGGACGAGGUGGGCCGUGUGUCCAUGCAGCGACCGGGAGCUCGAGCUGUGUCCGACUUUGCCUCCUUCCCCACCACUGCCUUCUCCAAGGUGCAGGGGGAGGAGCAGCGGGAGCCGGUGUGCGUGGGGAGAGUGGUGAUGUCGUGUCCCCCUGGUCACGGCCAGAGUCACCGAAUACUGUUACAGCACCACCAGCUGCUGGAGCUGCACGCCCCGCCUCAUAUAGAGACCCCUCUCCCUGGGGACCCCCCCCCCCCCAGACUCCUGGAGAACCCCCCACGACCAGUUGCAGGGCAACUCCGUGUUGGCCUGCAAGCAAUGGGGGAGUGUUCCUGCGCCCGCCACCCUACGAUCGCAUCCCACCACGGCUCACUACGUGCGUUCCCCCGCGCCCUCUCAGAGGCUCUCGUAGGCCACCGGCGCAUGCCCCGCCGCCUCCGCCGCGCCCUCCGGACGCACCAGCCUCUGUAA